AUGCGUCAAGAAACUUUAUUUUGUACAAUUGAUGUAGCAGACCUUUAUACAAUGGUGCCACAAACCGAAGGAGUACUGGCGUUAAAGAAAAUGUUAGAUCAUUUAAAAUUAAAACAAGUCGGUGGUCUCAAAAUUGAAACAAUAAUUAGAUUAAAUCGAUUUGUUAUGCAAAAUAAUUAUUUUUCUUAUAAUGGUCAAUAUUAUCAUCAAAUUCGUGGAGGAGCAAUGGGUUCUCCUCUUAUAUUAACUGUUGCUAAUUGUUAUAUGUUCUUCGAUGAACAACAAAUUAUAAAGCAAAUUAAUAAUAGCGGUGAAUUAUAUUUUAGAUAUAUUGAUGACAUAUUUAUAGUAAUUAAUUGGCCUGCUCGAUAUUUAUUUAAACAAAUCGAUAGAUGGAAUCACUUUGAUGAAAAUAUUAAAUUAUCAGAAAAUAUUGGUUCAACUGCUGAUUUUCUUGACUUACAUAUGGAAAAUCAAGAUGGUCAGCUAUUUACGACAGUUUAUCAAAAGCAGUCUUAUGAACCAUAUUACUUGCCGUUCAAUAGUAUACAUCCAUUACAUAUGAAGAAAAAUAUAAUCUUUACUAUGUUUCUUCGUACUAUUAGAUACUGUUCAACCUUUCAAGUUUAUUUGAAUGAACGUGAAAAAUUACGAAUGGCAUUAUUAUUAAAUAAAUAUCCAAAUAGAAUUAUUGAUGAACAAUUUAAUCAUGUACUAUCAAAAUUUAAUAUUGAUCAACCGUUAGAUUUUAAUAAUCAUAAUUUAAUUCGUCAAAAAAUUAUAGAGACACCAAUAAAAGAAAAAAUACCAGUAGAUUAUGGUAAGAUAAUGUUUGUUCAUUUUACUUAUUGUUCAAUCUCGCCUAUUCUUGGUACACGUAAUGCAAAAAAUUUACAAAGACAAUUAACUUAUACACGAUAA